AUGGAUGGCAUCCGUUGGCUGUUUAUAGGCCUACUUCUGGUGUUUUCAUCAGCUCAAGUGCCCAACAGAAGUUAUCCACGUCCAACCAUUCGUAUUUACACUGAUACAGAUGACAAUUCCACACAGAGCUCUGAAUCAGAUCUGUGGGGUCCGGAGGCGACUGAUGUCAUCCUAUCACCCGGACAGAACUUUACAAUUGAGUGCCGAGGUGUUUAUAAUGUGACAAUGAGAUUAACAAGGAGUUAUCAUAAAUUGAAUUCCCCAUACCUAGGUAUUAAUGUUGCUGAGCAGCGACUAUUACACAGCAUCAACAAUUAUACAGCUAAUUUUACUGUGAGCAAUAUCAAUUAUCUGUAUACCGGGGAAUACAGCUGUUUGUACGUCGACGAAUUCCGAGACGAUUUGUAUAGUAGUAUUUACAUCUAUGUAUAUGAUCCGGACCAUUUGCUCACACCUUUAAAAAUGAAAAACAACAUUUUUGUCAGUAAAGCAGUCUAUCAAUAUCAGAGGUCAUACAUUCCAUGCAGAGUUACGCACCCUGAUGUCCAGGUGGAGCUGUAUAAACUGUACCCAGAUCAGCUGAUUGAGACGGGAGACACAAAUGCUGUUUACUAUGAUCCAGAACAGGGAUUUGUCCUGGAGUUUCCUAAUUCUUUCUUCACGGAAAUGUUUGAAUGUAGAGCAAACUACAGUAAUUACACAGACACCAAACAAAUACAUCUCCGUUACCUGAAAAGGAGUCAAUCAGCCCCAACACCUUUCCUGAAAGGAUCUGACAAGGACUUCAUCAUAGAGAAGGGCUCUAAUUUUACUCUACAGUGUGAGGUGAAGGUCGAUCCAAACUAUUCUGUCUUCAUGAAAUGGAUUUACACAUCAAAAGAGACAUCAGCGAAAAUUGAUCUAUCUCCAGAAUUGUCAACCGGCAAUAUUGACACUGAGAUGGGCAUUGCUGUUGAAAUUGCAGCCUCUACGCCGGUUUCAGAUCGAGUAAGAUACACCAAACCUACCGUGAAGCACAUGAGUGAUAAAUAUGACUAUGACAUCAUCAGGACACUGUUAAUUGUGCGUAAUGUCCAACUGAAGGAUGAAGGCGUGUACACCUGUCAAAUUACCACACAUGAUAAACAACAGAAGUCUGUAUCCAAAGACAUCUACAUUCGAGAGCCAUAUUGCCAUGUUAAUGUGCCAGGAGAAAAGAAUGUUUUAGAAGUAGAAGAGUAUGUAAAGUAUGUACGACUGGCCUUCACCAUCAAUUGUCAUCCUGAUGACUUUACAGUCAAGUGGUACAAAGAGGACAAAGUUCUUCCUUUCAAUAUCGAAAUUGCUGAAGAUGCCACCCAAUACAUUAUUACAAAUGUGACAAAGAGUGAUGCUGGAGUGUAUAAAGUUGUGAUAGAGAAUAGUUACCUGUCUGAAUCAGCUCAAGUUGAACUGGUAGUUCUAUAUAAGCCUGUGGUAUCUAUAACAGUGAAGCCUCCAUCCAGCCAGUAUCUAGUACUAGGAGAUACUUACAAUGUAUUCUGUAAUCCUGUGUCUGUCCCUGCAACCCAGACCAUAAUAUGGGAGUGGAAAUCUCUUCAGGACGGCUGGGACACUCUAGCUUACUAUAAUGACUCGGGUAUCAUUACUGACCACCGCAGUUCACUACAGCUUGUCGCAACAGAGGCCGGAGUUGUCCAAUGUAAAGCAUCCAACAGACUAGGGAGCAGUUCAGCUCAAAUUGAGUUCAAAAUCUCAGAGGUAGCUGAUGGACUAGGGAUAGUGAUGCCCCCAGAAGUCAUUGAGGAGGACUCAGUUCGAAUCUCUUGUUAUGCCAGUUUGUGGGAGUACCAGUCAGUCAGUCUGUACUACAGGAGGUUUGGCAACUCCACUCAGACCAAGCUGACAACAACAAACACCACUUACGUGUCCUACAAUAGAACUGAUUAUUCCUCAGUGGUUCAUGUUGACUUUGACCAGAUAGAGAAGUCAGAUGAAGGUAGCUACGUUUGUGUCGCUGUACUGAUAUCCUCUGCCAAAAAUGUUUCUACAAACAAUGCAACUGUGGAGAAGAGAUUGGAUGUUCGAGAUAUUGAACCACCUUCCUUUCAACAAGAAAGUAAUCAAGGCAAAAUACCAACAGGUAUCGGUAUCAGAUUCAAGCUCCCAGAGUGUGAUGUCAGCGGUGUGCCCACGCCUACCAUCAGAUGGUUUAAAGAUGGAGUUCCCAUUGAUCUUAGCAACAACACUUUAGGUUUUAUCUUCAGCAAUGACAAUAAAAGUUUGAUUAUCAAAAAAACAUCACAGAUCCAUGAAGGUGAAUAUCUGUGUGAGGCAGAGAAUCGCGGUGGCAUUGUGUAUGGCAACUGGUCACUCUAUCUAGGAGCAUUGUUCCAGGGUGCGAAGAUUUAUCACAAAGGUCUAAAUCCCAAUAUAAUUAUAGCGGCUGUUGUCGUAGCAACAGUCAUUCUUGUUGUUGGGUUGGUGGUAGUUAUAUGUCUCUACCGGAGAAGAUCGGCCAUCUUACACAAGGAACUGGAGCAGUCACUGAUCCACCCUGUAAAGGACUAUAACCCAGAUCUCCCUAUUGACGAACAAACCACAUGUAUACCCUAUGAUCCAAAAUGGGAGUUUCCUAAGAAGAGGCUGAGGCAAGGAAUGAUCCUGGGACAGGGCGCGUUUGGUCGAGUGAUCAAGGCUGAAGCCAUUGGUAUAGUGGAACAUGAAGAUGUCACUAUCGUGGCUGUCAAAAUGGUGAAAGACUGUACAGACCGUGACCAGAUGGAAGCUCUAUUGUCUGAACUCAAAAUUCUCAUCCAUGUGGGUCAACAUCUGAAUAUAGUGAACUUACUGGGAGCAGUAACGAAGGAUAUCAGAUAUGGAGAGCUGUAUGUCAUUGUGGAAUAUGCUCAUUUUGGAAAUCUACGUAACUACUUGUUGAAGAACAAGAACACUUUUAAAGAUGUCAUGGACGAUUACAUUGAUCCUGUUGAAGAGAAGAAACGUGAAGCUGCCAAGGAAGCAGCAGCUUCGAAACCAUACUAUGUCAAUAAGGCACUGAAGGAUAACUCGGCUGAUCUGAUUGGUCCAUCCCUAACAACAAAGAAUCUGAUCUGCUGGGCAUUUCAAACAGCAAGAGGCAUGGAAUAUUUGUCUUCUAAAAAAUACAUUCACCGGGACCUGGCUGCUAGGAACAUCCUACUUGCAGAGGACAAUGUCGUCAAGAUCUGUGACUUUGGCUUGGCUAAAGACUGCUACAAAAAUCCAGAGUACUUCAAGAAAGGAGAUGGCCCUGUUCCGGUAAAGUGGAUGGCUAUAGAAUCCCUGACACAUCGUCUCUACACCACCAAGAGUGAUGUGUGGUCUUAUGGGAUAUUUCUUUGGGAGCUGUUUUCACUUGGAGGAAGUCCUUAUCCAGGUGUGGAGAUCAACGAAAAAUUCAUUGAUCUUGUUAAGGGUGGUUACAUCAUGGACAAGCCAUACUAUGCCUCUGAUGAGAUGUAUAAGGUGAUGAAGGCCACAUGGAGACAUGAUCCAGAUGAUCGACCAUCCUUUUCGGGACUCGCUUCCCUGAUGGGUGACUUCCUGGAGGCUAAUGUUAAACAGUAUUAUCUUGACCUGAAUGAGCCGUACAUCAAAAUGGCAGACCUACAGAAAACUGGAAAGUCUGAAGGAGCUUGUGGAAGCUCAGCAGAUCAGGAAGGCUACUACAAGAUGAAUGGGGAGACAAAACUCCACUCUGACUACACGAAGAUGUCACCAGCACCCCCAAUUCCUCUGGACAAAGCUUCUAUUGAGGAUGAGAGAUAUGUUAAUGCUAACAAAUGGCGGACAGAUAAAACAAAGGAAAAUGCCAAGGAAAUUGAGCUUAUGCCUCUAAUAAUGUCAAAGGACAACGAAGGUGAGGACAGUGAGGAGUCAGAGGAAGUGAGGCUGAGAAGGAAAAUGAAUGAUACCAACCCUGGGGAUGAAUCUCCGACACAGUUAAAUACAAUGGCAGAGGUGCAUCGUUCUGAUGACACGGACAGUGGACAUUCUAGUACAUAUGCACCGGGAACAUCUCCCGAUAUUGGUGUUGAUGGGUACCUUGUGCCAAAAGCGGGACCAGAUGGAACACAAUUUGUUGCCACCAAGAAACCAAAGAAGGAAGAGGAUUCAAGUGGUGUGAAUUCUGACUAUAACUACCAGGACCGUCCUCCUCCAACCUACUCCGCAGUGAUACGAGAUGGAGAUGUGGCAGUGUAGCUGAAGCUAUCACCAUCGACCUUCUUCACAGUGUUACAAAAUAGAGAGGUGGCGGUGUAGCUUUAACGAGGACUGUUCUCUGAUGACCUUUUUCACAAUAUUGCAAAACAGAGAUAUGGUGAUGUAGAAAAAAGGCAGUCCUCCUCGGGUGUACCCAGCAGAGGUAUGAGAUGGAGAUGUAGCUUAUAUAAGCGAGACUAGGACUUUCUUUCUUCACUUUUCACUGCCAUGAUGUAUGUUAAUUUAACUAGGUCUGUCUCAUUAUAUCAAACAUGUAUGUUCAGGAUAUCUUUUUAUUAAUAUACCUGUUUAUAUAUUUAAUAAGGUAAUUAGAUAUUAUGUGAAUUUGUCUAUUUUUGAUACAUAAGUCAUGAAAAAUUUACAUCAUUUGUUUAAUAGGUAUCACAAAGACAGUAGUACAAAGGGAAAUUCUGUGAGAAAUAGCUACAGAUAUUUUUCAGUUUUACAUGGAAGACUCUGGUAAUGUCUGUAAGGAGAUUUUCUGUAAUUCAUUAUUUUUAAUGGUCAAAAAUUAAUGUCAAUGCAGAUCUGUUGAAAAAUUAUCCUUUUAAUUUUUUUUCUGACGCUUUCAAAACUAAAAUUUGAUAGAAAUAUUUUGUACACUAUGUUUUUUCUGACUUAUAU